AUGGGAAAGAAGCACAAAAAGCACAAAUCUGACAAACAUGCUCAUGAAGAAUUCAGCGAUAAGCCGCUGAAACUGGUGCUGAAGGUGUCGGGAAAUGAAGUGACCACUGGAAGCUCGAGUCGAGACACUUUCUACGAUGAUCAAUCCACAGACAAUGACAAGCCCAUUAAGGAUAAGAAAAAGAAGAAGAAAAAGGACAAAGAUAAGGGUUUCAGUUCACCAGAUGAAAAGGGAAAGAAAAAGAUGGCAAAAAAGAGAAAAGCCCAGGAUGCUGAAGGGGAUGAGGACUCAGAGCAAUGCAGAACUCCAAUACGCUCUGAAUUGGAUAAACUCGAAGCUCAGAAAGAACAGAGUCCUCUGCAGGAAGCCUUGAACCAGCUUCUCCGGCAGCUUCAAAGGAAAGACCCCAGUGCAUUUUUCUCAUUUCCUGUCACAGACCUUAUUGCACCUGGAUACUCUGUUAUUAUCAAGCGCCCUAUGGAUUUCAGCACAAUGAAGGAAAAAGUAAAGAAAGAGCACUACCAAUCACUGGAUGAACUCAAGGUGGAUUUUAAGACCAUGUGUGAAAAUGCCAUGACUUACAACAAACCUGAGACCAUUUACCACAGAGCUGCACGGAAGCUGUUAUACUCUGGAAUGAAGAUCUUAAAUCAAGAGAGACUACAGAGUCUGAAGCAAAGCAUUGAGUUCAUGUCUGGUCUGAGCCCCUCAGUCAAACAGUCUGGGAAGUGUGAUGAAGCUGCCGCUCUGUACCCGAGCAGAGAGGGAGUCAUGGCCACCGACAGUGAGAGCUCCCAGGCUCCAAGCACUCCCAGACGCGACAAGGACUCUAAAGAGGACCUGGCAAAGGCAGAGAAAGAGCUAGAGGAAAUCCGCAAGGUCAUUGAAGAAUCCAGCGGAAAGCUCUCAAACAGAGUGCUGCAAUGUGAUCUGGAGUUUAUUCGUCAGAACACUGAUGGUUCCACAACCCUGGCCAUUCUCAACUCUGCUGAUCCAGCUGUCGGUGAUGCGGGUUACUGCCCUGUCAAGCUGGGCAUGAUGUCCAGCCGACUGCAAAACGGCGUCAACUGUCUACAAGGCUUCCGAGAGGACAAAAGAAAUAGACUCACUCCAGUGUCCUACAUGAACUAUGGGCCAUUUACCUCCUUUGCGCCCACUUUCGACUCCAGCUUUGCCAACGUCAGUAAAGAGGAUUCUGACCUCAUCUACUCCUUCUAUGGCGAGGAGUCCAGUCUGCAGGGCACAGACAGUUUAUCAGAGUUCAUGGCUAAAUCAGAUGAAUAUGUGUAUAAAAUGGCUGACAACAUUCUGGAUGCAAUGACAAAUGGAGAGCAUUCCAAAUCGUUGAAGGAGACGGGAGGAAAGCCUGUGGAUGUACCAACGAUUGCCAAAGUAGAUGACAAAGAUGACAAGGAGGCAAAGGAACCCAAUACCUCCAAAAUUGACAGUGAGGCUGAUGAACAAUGCACUGAAGACGUCUUGCACAUCCAGCAGAAACUGGAUGAGACUACAAAGUUACUGCGUGACUUGCAAGCUGCUCAGAGGGAGCGUCUAAGCACUAAGCAACCACCUAAUAUGAUCUGCCUUUUGGCCCCAACCACCAAGGAGCUGGAGCUGGUUGAAAAAGUGACUGGAAACUUGACAAAGCUGACUGGACGGGUGGCUCCGAGUGAUGUCUGCAGUCUCCAUGGUGUUAGGAAAGCUAUGGGCAUUUCCUUACCCAUCGAAAUGACAGAGGAUUUUGUAGACCUAUCUGAAGAUCAAGAACCUGCUGAACCCAUGGAGGCUUUAGCAACGUGUCCAGAUGGAGCACCAGUUGUUGCUGUAAAAUGA